CAUGCCCCCCCUCACUCAGGUUGGGACUCCGCCCUAUAAGAAGCCCGGCAUUCCAUCCCAUUAGGCACGAACCAACCCAGUCCCUCCUACAUAUUCAGUCAGUCUUUGCAACCAAUCCUCGCCAACCAGACGCAAGCAUGAGGCCACAGGUGCUGCUCGCCGCGCUGGCCGUCAUCGCCGUCCUCGCAGCAGCUCUGCCUCUCGCCCAUAGCCAAGGCGCGACGCUGUGCUGCGACAACUGCGGCUCCUGCACCAGGUCCAUCCCACCUCAGUGCACAUGCAUGGACACCUCACCAACCGGGUGCAACCCGGCCUGCAAGACCUGCUCGAGGUCCACCGUCGGCGGCCGCAACAGCUUCCAGUGCAAGGACCGCGUCGCCAACUUCUGCAAGACCCGCUGCACUAACGCCGCGUGAUUGGACCUGUUGUCGCCCGAAUAAUGCCGAUUAGCUUGUGCUUUUCCUUUAUUUUUUGCAGUCUUUAAGAGUUCCCUCUGCAUCUUGAUCUGGUAGAUGCAGAGAAGAAAUGAGGGUUCGAUGCAUGCUCAUCAUUCCUUCUUGUGUCUGAAAUAAAGAGCAUAUUCUUUGCUCAAAAAUCUUCUUUGUUAAAA